AUAAAAUGGCGGGGAAGAAGAAUGUUUUGUCGUCUCUGGCUGUUUACGCGGAGGAUUCAGAGCCCGAGUCUGACGGUGAAGGUGGAGUCGAAACGACUGGCAGCGCGACUGAAGAGAAAGGCGGGUUAGUAUCUAAAGCCUAUGGAGAAGAUGAUUUUUCUCGCCUUGGGGGUGAUGAAGAUGGUUUUGAAGAAGAUGAUGAUGAAAACAGCAAGCCAUCGGAAGAUGACGAUUCAGAGACUGAGAAACCUGAGGCUGAUGACCCAAAGGAUAACGCUGAGGUAGAAAAGCGAGACCCCCAGGAAUUAGUGGCCUCAUUUUCUGAAAGAGUCCGGAACAUGUCACCUGAUGAAAUCAAGAUCCCGCCAGAACCCCCUGGCAGAUGUUCAAAUCACUUACAGGAUAAGAUCCAGAAACUGUACGAGCGAAAGAUCAAAGAGGGAAUGGACAUGAACUACAUCAUCCAAAGGAAGAAGGAAUUUCGGAACCCCAGCAUCUACGAGAAGCUCAUCCAGUUUUGUGCGAUUGACGAGCUCGGCACCAACUACCCCAAGGAUAUGUUUGACCCCCAUGGCUGGUCUGAGGACUCUUACUACGAGGCAUUAGCCAAAGCCCAGAAGAUUGAAAUGGACAAACUAGAAAAGGCCAAGAAGGAGAGAACAAAAAUUGAGUUUGUGACGGGCACCAAGAAAGGUACCACCACCAACGCUACCGCCACCACCACCACCAGCAGCAGCACAGCUGUCGCAGACGCCCAGAAGAGGAAGAGCAAGUGGGACUCGGCCAUCCCUGUGACGACCAUUGCCCAGCCCACCAUCCUCACCACCACUGCCACCCUCCCUGCUGUCGUCACCGUGACCACCAGCGCCAGUGGCUCCAAGACCACAGUCAUCUCAGCAGUGGGCACCAUCGUGAAGAAGGCCAAGCAGUGA